GUGAUAUCAAGAUGGCCAAGAGUCCUCGAGGCAACAACCAAAGAGCAGUGGCAGCCACAGACUCCGGCGAGAAGGCCGGAUCGUCCAGCUUCCUGGCCGAGCUGAACGAAGCACUGGGAAGCCGGCCAGUUAGUUGGUUACAGGCUGUGGAGACUCUGAGCCAGAAUCCAUCAACGAAACCUCCAGGUCACGGGAUCACCAAGUCGAUCGAACAGACAACCAUUCACCACAACACAGAUCAGAAAGAUAACAACACAGUGGAACGUGACGAAAGCAACACCGCCUUUGAUAACGAUAUCUCUCAAGUCGAAAGCUGUGGUGCCAGUGAGUUAUUCCUCUACACAACCAUCACUUCCACCUCCCCCAUCGCCCCAUCCCUCCCUCACCUUAACCUUCAUCUAUGCAUACUCGAUAAGAUGGGUCGUCCAGCCAAGCUAAUGGAGUCUAUUGGGCAACCUACAGGCAGUUCAGAAGAUGUCCCAGUAGACAAGAGAUCUCGCACUGAGGCAAUCGACUUGCUCCGCGCGAGAACAGCCACUCGUUCGACUCCCACUUCAAGCCCGACCCCGACGCAGACUCCAUCUACACCCGUUGUACCGGUGCUUGAUACCACACCAGCCAGCCAAGUUCCUUCAUAUCCUCUCCCUUCUAUCUCCUCUUCAUCUGAGACCCAAGUUCAUGAGCAGCCAGUCAGCUCGUCUGUUUCAUCAUCUCCCAAGAUCCUACCUUCUGAGCAGGGCUCUCCUGUUGCAUUGUCUCCCAAAGCUCUACCAUCCGAGCAGCCAGCGAUCUCACCUCUCUCUUCAGGAUCUGAGGGAAAACCUUCUGAUCAGAUACCAAGUCCGCCUGUCUCAUCGUCUCCCAAGAAACAACCUUUUGCGGAGUCUCUGAGCUCGCUCGCUCCUGCAGCGUCUGUGGGUAUAUCCAGUGAGCAGCCAGUGAGGUCGCCUGCCGCAUCAUCAGAGGAUAAGGAGUCUGGGCAGCCUUUGGACCUGUCUGCUCCCAUAACAACGGAGGGUAUAUCUUCUGAGGCGCCAGUGGCCACCCCUAUCCCUUCAACAGCUGAGAACAAACACUCGAGCUCGCCAGCCCGUUCAUCUUCAUCUGAGGUUCAGACAUCGGAGCAGACAUUGAGCUCACCUGUUCUUUCGAAACCCGAAGACAACAAGCCUUCUGAACAAACUUUGAGCUCAGAUGUUCCUUCAAACCACGAAGACAAUUCUGAAGAGGAGUUGAGCUCACCUGGCCCUUCGAAAUCUGAAGAGAAACCAGCCGACUCGACCAUCUCUUCGACAUCUGAAACCAACGCCUCUGGACAGCCACAAAGCUCUUCUGUUCCUUUGAAAUCCGAAGACAACCCUUCCGAACAACCACUCGACCCAACCAACCCCACCUCCGAAAAGCCAUCGAGCUCACCUGUUCUCACAACCAAAGACAAGCCUUCUGAGCACCCACAACCACAAAGCUCACCUCUCCCAACCUCAUCGUUCCCCCCUCAGCCAUCAGAGCAAGAACAGAGCCCAUCUCACAACCAACCCCACCCAAACCCACCCACCCCAGUGAUGGAGCCUGCGAAGCUAUCCAAGAAGGCCAAGAAGAACAAGGCGAAGAAGAACAGAAGAAAAGCCAACCGUGCAGCAGCAGCAGGCGGCAGCGGCGGCGGUGGUGGUGGUAGUGGAGCGGGCACAGGAGCUGUCGAGUCCAGCAACCUGUCCACCAGCGGACAGAGCGAGGUCUCCGACGCGAAGACCGCCCCGGCCAAGUCUGCCAACGAGCCAUUGAUGAAAGAAGCAGAGACCAAGGGCAUCGGCGGCGGCAGCAGCAGCCACGAGGCCAAAGAAUCGGCGGCGAUCUUGAACAAACUGCCUGAGCUCGCCAGCAACACGAGCAAACUCAACAAGUCGGACGUCAAGUUGGCUGCCGCUACUGCUGCGGCUUUCCGGGAUAGAGGUAGUGGAAGAAACCCCAGAGCUAGUCCGGAUACUAUUGCUGCUGUUGCUGGUCCUCAGGACAAAGGUGGCGAUAAGAGCACCCGCAAACACGAUCCAGAGACGGCAGCCAAGAUCGUAGCCAUCCAGGCGGCCAUCGACCGACUGAACGCCCUCAACAGGAACCCGUCUGAGUUCAUCGAGCCGAUAGAGGGGCUGCUGAGGAUCGAGCCUUCGGCCGGUUGGCAGUCGUACGCGGGUGCCUUGUCGGCCAAUGCGAGAAUCGCGAACUUUACAGUGAUACCCUGCCGGGGCCGGCCUGGGGCUGCAAGGUCCGAGGUACCUCCCGAGAAUGCCGGAGAUGAGUCGACUCUCACGAAGGCCUCCGACAUAAGAUCCGGUUCUCCACCGCCGUAUUCGAGGGAUCCUGAGCCAAGCACGCCUCAGGGCAACACCGUUACCACUCGAGCCCAGCUCACCCCCAUCCAGGAAGCCACCGCCGAAGGCCAGAAGAAAGUCAAAGCGGGUGAUGGCGAUAAUGAUAAAUCCGGCACUGAGGCAGGAGGAGGAACAGAAGGAGGUGACGCGCACGAUCUGACCCCAAAGUCCACCAGCACGACCUCCACCGCAUGGACAACCAGCCAGCAGGCUCUUCAGACCACGCCCCAGACCGCCGUGACCUCUGCGCCAUCCACCAAGACAAACACAACCGGCACCACCCAGCAUAAGGCCAGGGGAAACAAUACUACCACCACCAACACGCAGUCCAGCGCCAUCAAACCAACCCUCCCACCACCAUCCCACCCCCACGUCGCGAGUAGCAGCCACGCGCACCCCUCUCCACCUCCACCGACCAGCACAUCCCCACUCAGCACCACCGCGAGCACAACCACCACGACCACCACCCAUUACCAACAAAUCUCCAACGUCCGAGGCGGCACGCUCUCCAGCCAAAAGCCCGAGGGCUUCUUCUGGCAACUCGACAGCCACGGGUUCCCCUGCGGGCUGCGCCACUGCCCGAAGCGCUGCAACUCCUGGGACGGGGUCACGGUGAUCUGCCCGGGGUGCGGCCCCUUCUCGGAGACCCGCUACUGCAGCCGCGACCACCUGCUCCAGGACAUCAAGACGCACUGGCCCGUGUGCGGCGACCAGGUCUUCGUGCACCCGUGCCGCGAGAGCACGAUCCCGCGCGAGGUGCGCGAGGGCCCGCCCCUGAUCCCCUGCCUGCACAACUACGACAUGCCCGAGCGCCACCGCCAGGCGGUGUACUUCCGCAUGAACGCGCGCCAGGGCGACUACUUCAUCUUCGCCGACUGGGCCGACUACGUGCGCGCCGGGUUCCCCGAGAACACGACCACCGUGCGCUGCGCCAAGCGCGUGGUGUACACCGUGCGCUUCGAGGAUCCUGAGGAGAAGGAUCGGUUCCGGCGCGUGCUGGCGAUUUGUUUGUUUGCGACGGUUGAGGUUCAUGCGCUGGUGGACUACAUGUACCGCCUCAUUCGGGAUCACCUCCGCGCCGCGAACGCAGCCAAGCAGCUCGAGGCCGCGCUACGCUACCAGAUCCAUGCGGAGACAGGCGUGUCCAUCCAGCAGUACAUCACCGGCGAGCGCCACGCUUGUGCCACGGAUUGGGACGGCCGCAACCGCCGCAACUGUCCGGAUCAGGUGUGUCGGUCCGAGUAUCGUCGCCUCCUGGGUUCCUUGGGCGGAGGCGGUCUACGUGAGGUGGUGAGGAACAUGGAAUCGACUUACUGGAUUCUCCGCGCAGCCAGAACCACUCAUCCGACAGUCAAAGACCCGAAGAAGCGCAUGCUUGGUGAGGGCUUCGAGGGGGUGGCGGAGGAGGAUCAGAGGGUCUAUCGACGUGGUGAUGGCUGGGACGGCGCCGGCACCGGCAACAUGGAGAUCGAAGGUAUGAAUGAGGGUCCUGAAGAAACAUGA